CCCAUUACCUCACUAUAAGAGGCCAAACUCCCCAUACAUCAGUGUGUCAUAACAAGAAACUCUCAAAAAACAAAGGGAGGGAUAUUUGUGUACUGCUGUUAGGACUAAGGAAAAGCAAAUUAUCGUUAAGAAAUUAACGCUUCCCUUAUGUCCUAACCAGCAGCACAUGUGGACACUUAGCAAGAAGUUAGCCUAGAGGGUAGGGACUUCAAUGCUGAAUGGAAUUCAAAACAGACCGCCCAAAGGCAGUGUCUUCUGAACCCCUGCGGUUGAGUCUAUAAUGGCUCACAAAGGUAGAAUGUGAGCUCCAGGAGGCCGUGGAACAGAUCUGUUCCAGAGAAAUAAGAGACCUUUCGGCCCAACUAGUAGAGACUGCUCGGGUGGAGUGAGGAGUGACAAAGGCAGGAGAAGGUCUAUUCUGGGAAGCGAAAGAUACUCUGCCGCUCUGAUCCAUCUACUUAGAGUAGGCUUAGAGGCCUUCUUCCCUUUAUUCCUGCCAAAGAACGGGAUAAGAAGAUUCUCUGACCUUCUGAACUUCCGGGAUCUCUCAAUGUAUUUUUCCAAACAUCUGGCCACAUCCAGAGUAUGGAGGGAGCUUUCUUCUGCAGAGGAAGAAGAGGAACAUAACACGGGCAAAGACACAACUUGAUUAAUGUUGUGCACAGAGGGCACCUUAGGAAAAAAGUUGGGUAAAAAACGUAAAAGGACUCUGUCCGGUAAAAAUAAAGUGUAUGACUCAUACGCGGAAAAAGCCUGAAGCUCUGAAAUGCGUUUGGCCGAAGUUACUGCCAACAAAAAGGUUACCUUCCAGGAUAAAAACUUAAAGUCCACUUCUUCCAAGGGUUCAAAGUGAGGACCACUUAACUCUUUAAGCACCACUGAGAGAUCCCACUGUGGUAUAGGUCUUGAAAUGCUAGGCUUAAGAUGUAAGGCUCCUUUAAGGAACCUCUUAACCUCUGUACCUUGAGUGUAGAAGGGCUGAGGCCCUUAUCUAGUCCAUCCUGCAUGAACUGGAGAAUAGCUGAUACUGGAGGAUCCUGAGAUGGUACUUGAUAAGAUGCACACCAUAGAAGAAAAAUGUGCUUUACCCUAGCGUAGGCCUUGACAGUUGCAAGAGCUCUGGAAUGAGACAUCGUUCUUAAGACCGCUGCUGAUAGCCCUUCAGGCUCUAGAGGGGACUCAUCAAUCUCCAGGCUGUCAGAUUGAGUCUGGAUGGAUCCAGGCAGAGCUGAGUGCCCCGGGACACCAGGUUCUGCAUUGGGGAAGCUUACAAUAUUGCCCUCGGCUCAUCUGCAUGAGCAGGGUAAACCAAGACCUCCUGGGCCAGAAUGGAAUCACGGCUAUUACUGAGGCUUGGUCCUGCCGAAUCUUCAUCAAUACCCUGGGUAUCAUGGCGAUGGGAGGAAAUAUGUAGGCCAGCCUGAACUCCCAUGGAAUUGACAGAGCAUCUACUGCCAAGGGAUUGUCCUCCCGAUACAGGGAACAUAACAUUUCCACUUUGUUCAUUGAAUCUUGUCGCCAUAAGAUCUAUGUCUGGGCGACCCCACCAGAGAGUGAUCUGAUGAAAGAUCUCCUGAUUCAGAGACAUUUCUCCUAGAGCUGGGACUCCUCUGCUGAGCUGGUCCGCAACCACAUUCAGGGACCCCCGAAUGUGAACUGCUGAAAGGUGGGAAAGAUUCUGCUCUGCCCAAGGCAGAAUUAGACCUACUUCUGAGAGUAGACUCUGAGACCCGGUGCCUCCCUGUUUGUUGAUGUAGGAUACCACAGUAGAAUUGUCCGAACAAACCCUUACAGCCUUGUUUCUGAUAAGGGGGAAAAAAUAAAAGCGAGCCAUCCAGAUUGCUCUGAGUUCUCUCAGAUUGGAUGACAUCAAACGCACUUGAGGGCUCCAGGAUCCUUGAACUUGAAGUUCCUCUAGAUGGGCACCCCAGCCAAGAAGGGAUGCAUCUGUCGUCAACAGGAUCCAACAAGGUUGGAUCAAGGACCUCCCAUCUUUGACCUGUUCCCACCACUUCAGUGUGCGGCGAGCUUGAGAUGACAGGGAUCACUUUGUCUCUAGCCCUCUGGGAGUUCGAUCCCAUAGACUCAGUACUUCCGUCAGCUUGAAGAGGGCGAAUAUGCCACAAGGCCCAAGGAAUGUUAUGCCUAACAUCCUUAUCAAUACUCUGAUAGUUACCCGUGAACCAUGAGUUGCUCUGCAGUCUUGGAAAUGCGUAACUUCCUUUCCGGAGAAAUGUAGAGCGUCAUGUUGGCAGAAUCUAUUAUGAACGCUAGAAACCUCCUGGUAGUAGAGGGAGAAAUCUCUGACUUCUGCCAAUUGAUAAUCCACCCCAAGCGCUAGAGGAACGACUGAACCUGCAGAAGAUGAAGCGUCUCUACCAAGUGGGCUUUUAGAAGCCAAUCAUCCAGAUAUGGAAUGAUCUCCAGGCCUCUCAAUCUGAGGGGAGUUACUACAGCUAUUACCACUUUGGUGAAGAUGUAGGGCGCGGUUGGGAUGCCGAAGGGAAGCGUGGCAAACUGAAAAUGUUUCACCAUUCCCCUGAGACUCACUGCCACUCAUAGAUACUUCAUGUAGGCCAGGCACACAGGGAUGUGAAGAUAGGCAUCCCUUAGGUCCGGUGUAACCAUCAGGUCCCCUGGGCUCAGGAUGCUGAUUACCGAUUUGAUGGUUUCCACCCGGAACCGCCUUUUCUUUAUGAAUCGGUUGGGGUAGCAGAGAUCUAUGAUCAUGCGCCAACCGCCUGUGGCUUUGGGAACAAGGAAAACUGGCGAAUAAAUGCUGGAUCCAAUCUUUUCUGGAGGAACCUCCUCCAAGGCCCCUUUCCGCCUGUAUUCCAGUAUAGCCUCCUCCAACACCGUUUGCUUCUCGUCAAAACAAUUUUUUCUGGGGGAACAGAGAAAAAUUCUAUCCUGUACCCUGUCCUUAUUAUAUUCAGGACCCAGGGAUCUGGAACAAACUCUGUCCAGGUAUUUAGAAAAAAAAGUUAAACUGCCUCCUACUGGGAGGUCUGAAAGAAUAGGAGUCAACUUUAUGACUGGACCUGACGGAAGGGGAGGGCCGUCACUGGUCAGCUUUAUUGUUUUUGUUCCCACCGGAAUGAUAUGAUCCUCCCUUCCUGGACCCAUGGCCUCUCUGAGCCCUGGAUUGGCCCUGAAAGGGUCUGGACCCUCUACCCUGCCUACCCCUACCCCUAGGGGUUUAAGGGAGGCAUUUACCUUUUUUUAUCGGCAAGACCCUCCAUAAUGCAGUCCAGUUCAGCCCCAAAAAGCCUUCCUGGCUCGUAAGGGAGGCUGCAUAAAUUAUACUUGGAGGCAUUAUCUGCCACCCAAGGUUUUAGCCAUAGUGGCCUCCUACCCGCUGAAGAGAGGCCUUAGAGGCUCAUUUUAACUGCUGUGGGCCAGAGUCACACAGAAAAUCUACGGCAAGUAGAAUGGACUUAAACUGCGCCAGGAUGUCAUCACAGGAUAUGCCAGAGUCGAUAUCCGACUGCACCUGAGGAUAUAGCCACAAAUGCAGCAGCAGCGGUGGAGUAAUAUCUUCUCAAGGUGCAUUCUACCCGCCUGUCCAUCGGGUCCUGUAAGUUGGAGCCAUCAUCAGCCGGGUCAAGGGUCCUCUUAGACAAUUUUGCGAUUGCCAAAUCAACUUUGGGCACAGUGCCCCACUGGUCUAAUUGGGAUGUCACAAUCGGGAACAUGGACUUGAAGCGCUUUGAGAUGACCGGUGCCUUCUCAGGAUGCUUCCAUUCUAGCUUCAUUAACCGAGACAGAGUCUCGUCCACUUUAAAGGCCCUUGGCCCCCUAGAGGUGGACUCUGAAGCUUCCCCGGGAUCAACAUCCUGGUCCCCCGACCGGAUGGAUCUAAGUGACCUCUGGGUCUUCUCUACAGGAAAUAAGUACCUUACAGCCUCUUCUUCCUGCCCGCUAGACUCAGUGGAAUGGACUUCGUCCACGGUAUGGUAGGCUUCCUCCUGCAUAGGAGUGGGUCUCAGAGGAGAUCAGACACCGGGUCUUCUGGAUGACACGGAAUCCCUUAGGGUGUUCAUUGAGGACUCCACAAAGUCCUUUACCCAGACUACUACGUCCCGUAUGGUAGGCUCCGUAUCAGGAGGCAGAGGAGGAGGACGGCAAGAGGGACAACUAAUAAAUUCAUAGGAGUCUGCUAGAGGGGUGUCACAAUCCCUACACGCCAAAUGCUUGCUCUUGGAUGGCGUCUUGCACCCAGACCGAUCCCCAUCACCGGGAGAGGACAUUAUCUACAGAGAAAAAGUUAUAAUGAAUGAACAAUGUCUAUCCCUUAGACAAAGAAAGAAGCAGCAAACCUAUCAGGCACAGGAAAGCUGCUAACUAAAGUAGUUUGCCUCAGUAGCCAACCCAAGGCUGCAAACAGCACAGCCUGGAAGGACUGGAGGCUUUAUAUAUUUAAAUUUGGCGCCCAGAGUGACGUCAGACGCCAGGUUUGAACAAACUUUAAUCAUUGUUGUUCACUGACAGACCACCAGAGGGCGCUGGCACACAAGCUCCCGCAGGUGAUGUGAGGAAACCAAACAGGAAGCUGAAUACAGGAGGUCCGUGCCUAGAAUAGGAGCUUGCCUGCCUCCACCACGCUGCACGGCAGUACCAGCUUCCAUCAGAUAAGUAGCAACCCUGAAAGAAAAAUACAAGGUUAGCAUGUAAUCUAAGAGUACGGCAGCCAAAUGGCUGCCCCCGUCUGUCCUGCAGUCCCAAAGGACAGAAAAAAAAACACUGAUAUAUGGGGGGUUUGGCCUCUUAUAGUGAGGUAAUGGGGGCGUUGAUUUAUUUGAUUACUUUACUUCAUUAAAUAUUCUAUUUGUCCUACAAGUUUCACUGGGGCGAAUAAACCCCCACAUGUGCUGCUGGUUAGGACGUAAGGGGAACUGUAGAAGCAAGUACACCUAUAUCCCAUCAGUUACACAUGUACUACAUCAGCAGGUACACCUAUAUACAUCAGUUACACAUGUACUAUAGUAGCAGGUAUAUCUAUAUCCAUCAGUUACACAUGUACUAUAGCAGCAGGUACACCUAUAUCCAUCAGUUACACAUGCACUGUAGCAGCAGGUACACUUAUAUCCAUCUGUUACAUGUGUACUAUAGAAGCAGAUACACCUAUAUCCAUCAGUUACACGUGUACUACAUCAGCAAAUACACCUAUAUCCAUCAGUUACACAUGUACUACAUCAGCAAAUACACCUAUAUCCAUCAGUUACACAUGUACUACAUCAGCAAAUACACCUAUAUCCAUCAGUUACACAUGUACUAUAUCAGCGGGUACACUUAUAUCCAUCAGUUACACAUGUACUACAUCAGCAAGUACACCUAUAUCCAUCAGUUACACAUGUACUAUAUCAGCAGGUACACUUAUAUCAAUCAGUUACACAUGUACUACAUCAGCAGGUACACCUAUAUCCAUCAGUUACACAUGUACUACAUCAGCAGGUACACCUAUAUCCAUCAGUUACACAUGUACUACAUCAGCAGGUACACCUAUAUCCAUCAGUUACACAUGUACUACAUCAGCAGGUACACCUAUAUCCAUCAGUUACACAUGUACUACAUCAGCAGGUACACCUAUAUCCAUCAGUUACACAUGUACUAUAUCAGCGGGUACACUUAUAUCCAUCAGUUACACAUGUACUACAUCAGCAAGUACACCUAUAUCCAUCAGUUACACAUGUACUAUAUCAGCAGGUACACUUAUAUCAAUCAGUUACACAUGUACUACAUCAGCAGGUACACCUAUAUCCAUCAGUUACACAUGUACUACAUCAGCAGGUACACCUAUAUCCAUCAGUUACACAUGUACUACAUCAGCAGGUACACCUAUAUCCAUCAGUUACACAUGUACUACAUCAGCAGGUACACCUAUAUCCAUCAGUUACACAUGUACUACAUCAGCAGGUACACCUAUAUCCAUCAGUUACACAUGUACUACAUCAGCAGGUACACCUAUAUCCAUCAGUUACACAUGUACUACAUCAGCAGGUACACCUAUAUCCAUCAGUUACACAUGUACUACAUCAGCAGGUACACCUAUAUCCAUCAGUUACACAUGUACUAUAUCAGCGGGUACACUUAUAUCCAUCAGUUACACAUGUACUACAUCAGCAAGUACACCUAUAUCCAUCAGUUACACAUGUACUAUAUCAGCAGGUACACUUAUAUCAAUCAGUUACACAUGUACUACAUCAGCAGGUACACCUAUAUCCAUCAGUUACACAUGUACUACAUCAGCAGGUACACCUAUAUCCAUCAGUUACACAUGUACUACAUCAGCAGGUACACCUAUAUCCAUCAGUUACACAUGUACUACAUCAGCAGGUACACCUAUAUCCAUCAGUUACACAUGUACUACAUCAGCAGGUACACCUAUAUCCAUCAGUUACACAUGUACUACAUCAGCAGGUACACCUAUAUCCAUCAGUUACACAUGUACUACAUCAGCAGGUACACCUAUAUCCAUCAGUUACACAUGUACUAUAUCAGCGGGUACACUUAUAUCCAUCAGUUACACAUGUACUACAUCAGCAAGUACACCUAUAUCCAUCAGUUACACAUGUACUAUAUCAGCAGGUACACUUAUAUCAAUCAGUUACACAUGUACUACAUCAGCAGGUACACCUAUAUCCAUCAGUUACACAUGUACUACAUCAGCAGGUACACCUAUAUCCAUCAGUUACACAUGUACUACAUCAGCAGGUACACCUAUAUCCAUCAGUUACACGUCUACUACAUCAGCAGGUACACCUGUAAACUCCUGUGUUGCCUAGAGAUGUAGAGUUAAU